CGAACAGUCACCUUUUCUCAAAUGCGCGCGAAAGGAUUCCCACUCUCAACCCCGUCCUGUGUGUGAGCGAUUAAUUGACUUGGCGCGAAACCCCCGCGAAAAGUUUGAAUUUUCCGCAUUCUCCGCAAUCCCCAAUUUGUGGCAAUGCCUCACGUGAAUGCGGCAAAGAAUUUAAUUGUGUGCUUCUAAUCCAGAGGAUGGGAACAUUUGUACACGGAUACGAUCAUCCAGUUUUGUGGUCUGAGGAGAAACGUCGUCUGGAGCAGAGGAAGAUUGCCGAUGAGAGUUUGCAGGUGGUGAAGCAACGGAAAGAACAGCAAUUUAGGCAGAAGAUUCAAGAGAAGGAGCAGUACAAACGAAUGAUAGAAAAACAUUAUCCGUGGGGUAAACCAGGUGGUGGUGCACCUAAUGAUAAUAUACGUAUGACGAAUAUCACAAGAAUGGGUCUCUUUCCUGAAGCCAUAAAUACGGUACGCAAUUAUGUUCCUCCUCCACCUAUGCCAAAAAUUCGUGGAGGUGGUGGAGGAGCUCCUAUACGAAGUAAUUCUGGGAGGGUCAUAACAACCUUCAGAGAUGAUCCCUCCAUAACGUUUAAGGAUCAAACGAGGAAUAUUGUGGAUAUUGAAUUAAGGUACAAAACAACACCAAAAAUGAAGAAAACUUACAAACAGGAAUUAGAUAAGAUAGUUGCUGAGAAAGCACGUAGAAAGCAAGAGAAUUGUGCUUGUGAUAAGAAUGGUGUAGAUCCGUGGGGCAAGGCUGGUCCAGGAGGUGCUCCAUGGCGUCCACCAAAUGCAAUUGGAUGCUCAUUUAUGGAAUCCAUGGGGUGGACUGAUACGAAACUCCUGCAGAAGAUGGACUCGGAAACACAUGCGGCCUACACGAAUCCCAGUCUCAAAGUUCGAGCUUCCCCUCCGUCCACUGAAGAAAAAUUGGUGUUUCCAUUCCAGGUGAAACACAUCAAGGAAGAAGCCAGGAAACCCCAUCCAUCCUGCUGCCUUAUGUGUAACUGUCUUUGUGUUAAGGACGGCAAAAAUAGGCAUCCACCACCACCACCUCCACCUCCACCGCCGCCCCUAAACAAUCCGGUCCCAAGGCGUAUUCGUCGUGAGUGCGACAAACUCACGCCAAAAGUCACGGAGACGAAGCCCAAGAAUCCGAAGCAAAAGAAGAAUGGCAAGGAUACAAGGACUAGGUCUUAUAUGGUUUCUGGAGGAGUGGAAUUGGUGCCACUUCUGGCCAAGAGAAGAGCUCAGGAGCGCUCAAUUAGUCUAUCGUCUACGGAUGUUACCAAAUACCGCGAAGCACGACAGUGGGAAAACUACAGUAUCCAAUAUCUCAAUGAUCUUUGUCGGCAAAUGGAUAGAAAGCAAAAGGCCACCGAGAAAAGCAAGAGAAUGGACAUGGAAACAAGUAGACAACACUAUGAGACAUGGAGCAGCUUCUGGGGUCGCCCAGGACACGGAGCACCGCGUGACAUCAAGAACAAAUUAAAUUUAGACGAUUUGCUUUACAAAGUACCCCUCCUAAAUAAAGCAAAUUAGUCCUAAAAGCAAGCGUUCAUUUAGGAUUAUUUUU